GUGACAGCCGGAUUUCCAUUUCCCACCUCGCACCAACCGAGCAAAUGGCGUACUGCAGCUAUAGCUAGCGGAGAAGUGGAUAACUGCGUGUUCCUCUGCAUUUUGUUCCGUUAGGAGAGGAGCCUUUUCUCAGCUAGUUCUCCGCGCACCGUGCCGCAGUUGUCAAGGGAACGGAGCGGAGCAACCGAGCUAGCCAAGGGAUGUGCUGGAAGAAGGCGAUGCUUGAUAACUACACUUCAUAGAGGAGGAAGUAUCUAGGAAGAAUGAGUGAAAUGGGGGAUGCUCUGAGGUCCUGCAUGGAGAAGUUGCUCCUUGUUAGGGAAGAGAAAGAACGCCUUAUGAUUGAAGCAACUAAUACGAUCUCUUCCGAGCAGAACAAAACACGAGAUUUGCAGCAUAAGUUUGAAGAUGCAAGUAAGCGGCUUGAUAAGGUCAUUGCUGAAAACCACAAUCUUCGCAACACUGUUGACUCAAAGGAGAAGCUGAUCAAAGAACUGAAAGAAUCUAAAGCAUAUUCGGACCAAAAGUUAACUGAUGCAACUGCAAUGCUUGAAUUUUCGCAGAAACAAUGCGCCUCCCUUAAGUAUGAGGUGAGCAUUCUUCAGGAGGAGCUUGGGAUUCGGAACAAAGAGCGGGAAUACGACCUCAAAUCAAUUGAUGCUGCUCAGAGACACCAGAGGGAGAGCAUGAAAAAGAUCACUGCACUAGAAGCAGAAUGCCAGAGGCUGCGGACCAUGGUUCAGAAGCGGCUGCCUGGGCCAGCAGCAUUGGCAAAAAUGAAAGACGAGGUGAAGCGACAAGGUACUAUAUCUGUUGAGAAUGGAACGAGAAGGCCAUGUACAGCAGCCAAGCCAUUGCCUCGGGCCAGGCAUUCUGUGUCUGAAGGUUACCUAGUCAAGUUGCAGGAAUUGGAUGAUGAAAACAGAUAUCUCAAGCAGUUAUUGACCAAGAAGGAGAGUGACCUGCAGUUAUUGCACUUGAAGUAUGAAGACGAGGCAUGCAAGCUGUCAGCACUGCAAAUGCAGCUUGAUGAGUUGUCUGCUCGUCAUGAAUCAACAGAGAAUAACCAUUCUGAACCAGUGGGUUGUGCUUUAGCUUCCAAGCUGGAACACUCCAGAUCUGGGAAGCGGCGAGCGUCUCAGAGUCGGAGCAGAAGAAUCACAGGAUCUGACAUGCAAUUGCUUGUUGAUCCUCUGGAAAUUGAGAAACUAGAGAUGGCAUCGAGACCUUCGAGUGCCCCACAUCAGUGUGUUCCAGAUGUAACUUGCACAGACUCAAAAAUGGUUGUCUCAGAAACAGUUCACAAAGAUCUUAUCUCUGAUGGUUUCUCUGACAAGUAUCCCGAGUGGAUUCAGGACAUCUUGAAGGUGAUUAUAAGUAAGCAUCAAGUCACUAAGAUAAGUGUUGCUAGCAUUCUUGAUGAAGUAAUGAAUGCACUGAGUGAGAUUUCUGACAAAGGGAAUGGUGCUGCAAACUUGCCCUAUGACAGGCCAGAAAUAGACAAAAUGGUGGCUACUCUGAUAGAAAGAGUCAAAGCCUUGAUUGAAAAAUGUACUGAAAACAACUCUAUGAGUUUUCUAUCAUUUCUGCAUGAGAAAUCUGAACUAAUUUUGCGACUUGAACACCUGAAUCAUGUCUGUAGUGAUGUACUAGAUGGAAAGGAUAAUCUUGAAAGGUUCAUUGAUGAAGUUUUCUUGAUCCUAGAGUGGAUGGUGAACCAAUGCUUUGUCUGUCUCGAUGGACUAGGUACUGUGGGUUACAUUACAAACAGAUCCGAUGGAAUUGAAUCCCAGAGGACAUUAAGCAUUCAUGAAAAAGAUGCAAUGGAUAAUGCAAAAUCAGAAAUGGUUUUAGGAAUGCAGCAAGAGACACAAAAAGAAACAGUUCAAAUAACUGAGGGCCAGAUUCCAGAUGAAAUUUCAGAAAAUCAUUCUCAGAUUCAGUUCACCAAUUCUAAGCUUGAUGAAGAGUUAUCGGCUGUUAGACAAGAGCAGGGUGAUAGUUGUCAGGAAAAACAUUCGGUACACUGUGAAGCAGAAAGUGGUGCUUCUGAUGGGAGCAAAGAACAAUUAGCAGAAGAAGAUGGAAAACAACUAGUAACGACCUCAGCAAUAUCUGCUGCAGCCAAGAAACUUGCAGAAUGCCAGGAAACAAUCACUAACCUAAGCAAGCAGUUGGAUGCUCUACAAAGUCCGACAGAUGCAGAUGCAUUAGAUAAAGAAAAGUGUGAUACCCUACCUCUGUCAGUUGCAAACCUUGUUGUGGAAGCAGAUACCAAGCCUGAGGGCUUCAAUUCUCCGACAAAUGAAGAAGCGACGCGCAUGGAAGAAAACAGUGAGCCUGAUGCCACCGAGAAGAACCUUGAACAUGAGCAAGAUUCUGGCACGGGUCCAAAUGCUAUUAAAAGUGGUCUGAGCCCUAUCGGUGUUCGUGUAAUGGUUCCGAAGUCACCGCGAACAUCUGUUUAUGUUGACGUGAAAAAGAAGAAGCGGCGUGCGAGCUUGCUGAGUCGGCUUGUCUUUAGAAAGAAAGCAUAACAGUUCCCGGACUGCGAAUCUGCAAUGUUUGGCUGCUACAGUGGCUCCCUCGGAUUAAGUUUAUAUGAUUGUCAGCAGCACCUGGGAGCUUGUUCUUCCUUUUAAGUUAUAUCUUAAUGAUCUAGAUUAUCUUGUUUCCAAUAAGAAGAAACAAUGCUAAUGAUACGCAUAUGAUGUGUGUAAUUUAUUGAUUAUGUAUUUGGAUGUAAGCUAUACUGCACUUGAGAAAUUUGGGGAAACUUGCUUACUCCAGAAUCUUGUAUAAGUUUGUACCUGCUGGAUUAAUUAAUAUUUAUAUAUGCUGAUUGUUGAAAUA